AUGGGUUUGACGAAAUUGUCUUCCUUCCGUACCCUGUACGGAGUGUUGGUGCGGCGAACAUUUGCGUGCGUCGAACAGCACGGCCUACACACAUCGGCCAGCCGGUUGGCGGCAGAUGACAUCGAGUACGAUGAGAUACCGGUUGCUAGGAUACGCAACUUCAGCAUCAUAGCCCACGUGGAUCAUGGCAAAAGCACGCUGGCCGAUCGGUUGCUAGAAAUCACCGGCACCAUCGCGAAGCAUUCCGGCAACAAGCAGGUACUGGACAGCCUGCAGGUUGAGAAGGAACGUGGCAUCACGGUGAAGGCACAGACGGCGUCCCUUGUGUACCGGCACGCCGGUGAACCGUACCUGCUUAAUCUGAUCGACACACCGGGCCACGUGGACUUUUCGAACGAGGUGUCACGAUCGUUAGCGGCCUGCAACGGUGUCAUCCUGCUCGUGGACGCGAACCAGGGCGUGCAGGCACAAACCGUGGCCAAUUACCAUUUGGCCCGCUCGAAGCAGCUCGUCAUCGUGCCGGUGUUGAACAAAAUCGACCUUAAAAACGCUCGCCCGGAAGCGGUGUGUAACGAGCUGCUGACGCUGUUCGAUAUUGACCCUGACGAUGUGCUGAAGGUGUCCGCGAAGUUGGGCACGGGUUGCAGCGAAGUGCUGGCCGGCAUUGUCGAACGUUUGCCGGCACCGGAAGCGAACCGGGAUGCGAAGUUUCGGGCCCUGAUCUUCGACAGCUGGUUCGAUAAGUAUCGCGGGGCGCUGAAUUUGAUAUACGUGAAGGACGGCGAGAUCAGCACCGGGCAGGAGAUCGUCGCGUGUCACUCCGGGAAAGCGUACGAAGUGAAAAGCUUGGCCUUGCUGCGACCAGACGAGCGUAAAGUGGACCGGUUGGUGGCGGGUCAGGUCGGGCUGCUUGGGUGUAACAUGCGCACGAGCAAAGAAUCACAGAUUGGCGACACGCUGUACCUCAAGCGGGACAAGGUUUGUGUGCCUCUGCCCGGCUUCAAACCCCAACAACCGAUGGUUUUCGCGGGUGUGUAUCCACCGGAUCAAACGCAACAUCCCGUGCUGAAGAGCGCCAUCGAGAAGCUAGUACUCAACGAUUCCGCCGUGACCGUUACGCCGGAUUCGAGCCCCGCAUUGGGACAAGGCUGGCGACUCGGGUUUCUCGGUCUGCUGCAUCUGGACGUGUUCAGCCAGCGGUUGCAGCAGGAAUACGACGCCGAACCGGUCCUUACGGCACCAUCCGUGACGUACAAAAUCAAACUGAAAGGCGCCAAAGCGAUUUCGGCUCACGGUGGCAAUGAGACAGUGUACAUCAGCAACCCGGCACUGCUUCCCGAUCCGCCAAUGAUCGAGGAAUACCACGAACCGUACGUGCUUGGUACGAUCAUCGCUCCAACGGAGUGUGUCGGUGCCAUUAUCGGGCUGUGUGUCGAACGGCGUGCGGUUCAGAAAUCGUCGAUCAACAUCGAUAACGAGCGGAUCAUGACCACGUACCUGAUGCCGCUGAACGAAAUUGUGGUCGAUUUUCACGACCAACUGAAGUCGCUUAGUUCCGGGUAUGCAAGCUUCGACUACGAGGAACACGGUUACGUCGAGACCAGCAUCGUCCGGAUGGAUGUCCUGUUGAACGGUCAGCUGGUGGAGGAACUUUGUACCAUCACGCACACCAGCAAGGCCCAGGCCCACGCCAGGAAUUUGGUGCUGAAGCUGAAAGAGCUAAUCCCCCGGCAGAUGGUGCAGAUCGCGAUUCAGGCGACGGUUGGCGGGAAGAUAUUGGCGCGCGAAACCAUCAAAGCGUACCGGAAGGACGUGACGGCUAAAUUGUACGGAGGUGAUGUUACGAGACGAAUGAAGCUACUGAAGCAGCAGUCUGAGGGAAAGAAAAAGAUGCGAUCCAUCGCUAAUAUCAACGUGCCUCGUGAUACAUUUAUAAGCGUACUGAAACGAUAA